AUGAAAGAUGUGAUGAGAGAGAGGCUGAAAGAAGAGAAGUACAACGUUGACAGAGCAGCAAAGGCUACAAGAGAGAUCGCAGACUCGAUCAAGAUGAAGUUGAAAGAAUUUCAUUGGGAGAGAUACAAAUAUGUUGUGCAGGUUGUGAUUGGGGAGCAGCGAGGAGAGGGAAUACAGAUGGGUUGUCGAUGUUUCUGGGACGAAGAUGCUGAUAAUUUUGCGCAAGCAAGCUACUCGAAUGACAGCUUGUUUGCCACUGCAGUAGCUUUUGGCGUGUAUCUUUAUUGA